AUGUUGGACCUCUUCCUUCGGCGACCAGAUGAGUCCGUGCGUUUAAGCGAGGGAACCGGGAUGAGCAUCUCGCUACAGUAUGGCCGCUACAUGCAGGACCAUAUCAAUGCGUGCGAGCACGAUGCGGGUGCAAGGUUGGAAGAGCAGGAUGAUGAGAUGGGUGCUGGCGGAUUGGCCUGCCUCUACCGCAUUGCAGGCUGGCCACUACGACAAGCGGCACUCUCAACCGCACUGCUGUGGGAGAUGAUUUGGAAUAGCAAGCAAGAGGCGGAUCGCGGCACUCUCGUGGUAAACUAUGCGCAGGUGAUACUCGCCAUGUGGGAUCUCCUAGUGUUCGGUGGGCCGGACAAUGACUCUGCAUGGGACGAGCUUCACGAUGCCGGUGUGGCGCACUUGAUGUUCACAGUGCUGGUCGAGGCCAGCUGCCUUCUCUUUCCGGACCUGUGCAGCACGGACUGCAUGGACAUUCCGUCGGAAGCUGCAGAAGAGCUUCAUCCAGGGCAUACGACGCCCUGUGCCUCACUCCGUGACUGUCGCACGGUCUUUCACGACGCCAACCCCAAGACUGUGAUCAAGCUUCCCGACAGAUACGUUCCUGUUUUCCGGAGGGCACAGCGCCUGACGCGCCCUCCGUGCUUUCCAUCCCGUUGGCGUCUGGAGCUCGAUCGCACGUCAACUUUCCCAACCGUCGCAAGCGGCGGCCACAACGUUACUGUGAUUGCAGCUGACGCCUCGCACUGCGGCCUAGAAAUCUCGAUGAUAGCAUGGGAUCUGGAUGCUGCCGAAAUGCUCUCGUUUCACAGAGAUAUUUGGGACAGAGCAGAACGAGGUCGGGCAAACAUCGACGCAGCCGAUUUUCGAAUUCCAACGGAAGGCAAUCUAUGGGAUUUCGAUUGCCAGUUCGAGACCCCGUCUGGAACAUUGCGGACACGUGGUGACGUCGUGAGCUACCCUAUCCUUAGCGAGCUUCCACAAACCCAGGAGGCACCUGUCUUGAUCGUUCACUGUGAGGCUCCGGGCGGGAGCAGACUUACAUCGCCUCCGUCAUCGGUCCUUCUGACGCGAUCUGUGCGGUCUAUUCCCGACAUGCCCUCCAUCCAACUCGAGGUGCCGUUGCGGGAGAAUCAGCGGAAGAAAGUCAGAACAGCUUUGUGCAAUUCACAAGUCUGGGGAUCGCACUCUCUGAAACAGCUGGCUCCAGACCUCAUAGAGUUCUGGUUUUUAUACUACAGCGAGUAUUUGGGGAUCGAUGAAAUCUACGUCUAUGAUUUGGAUGGAUCUUUUCAGAGCAUUCCUCUCGUUCAGGAACUCCGUGCCAGUGGACGUGUGGUUUAUGAUCCGUUCUUCUCCAGCAUACCGCCGUUGAAGGAUAUCUUUGCUUUAGCCGGGCAUAAGACUUCGACGGCACACUUGGCGCAGACCCUUGUGCAGCACCACUGUUGGCAGCAUGCCAGGCAGACCGCUGACUGGGUCAUCUCGCUCAAUCACGGCUGGGACAUGUUCUUAUAUUCUCCGGUUGGGAGCACCCUUCAGGACCUGCUGGAGGAACUGCCACCGGACCAGGUGACUCGUGUGCUCGGCGUACGAUAUGGAGAGCAGGAUUCUGUCGAUUCUGACGCUCAGGAGUACGCUGAGGUCACGCCGAAUGUGAAUGUGUUCCUGCGCUUUCCGUACCAUAUUGACCCUGGCGUGCGACCAGAGAAGAACAGCACCGAGGAGCUGGUAAUUAUCGCUAAGCCUUCUCUGAUUGCGAAUGUUGCGCUCAGCGCAGUCGUGGUCCGACAAGAGGCUCCACUUCGUUCGAACUUGCUGGAACACCCGCUGCCGUGUCCGAAUGGGCAGUCGCGAGAGUUUGCUGGGCCGAUGAUGCACAAGGCCAGGCAGCUGGAUGCAGAGAAGUGGCGUGCCAAUCACUAUGUGCAAGCUCUGGGCGGUCGCAAAGUGCUCUAUCGUUCAGAGGAGCAAAUGGUUGAGCUCCGCAACUUCUCCAUGUUCGAUGCUGCUGCAGUUCAGCUCGGCCGCGAGCUUCAAGACAGAUGGAGGCAUCGUCUGUCGUAG